AUGUCCAAUGAUGAACACGAGUCUGCGCUGCCAGAACAGACGUCUGAUGAUCAGGACAAACAUACUACAUUGGACUACAUUGACUCAGGCGAUGAACUGAUAGAAGAUAGUUUAGAGCUGAGCGACGAUGAAUGGGUCCUCAGCUUGAUUGACAGUCAGCUGCCGAAGCGUGAAGCUAGAACGAAGGAUUCAGAGCAACGAAAUGAGACAAAGCAAGAGCAAGAAGUCGAAAAAAAGACUGUAAAAGUUGCAAUCAGGCCAAGUUUCGAUGAAGAUGACGAAAUCCUUAUUCCUGCUGUAUUCACCACUCAAGGUGCAAAGAAUUCUAAACUUUUGAAACAAAGUGAAGAAAUUGACCGCCAAUUGACUGGAGAGGAGGCCAGAAUGAAAGCUCAGGCCGAGGAGCUUGCCAGUCUACGUACAAACAUCUUGGAUGAGCUCAAUGAUAACGGCACAAUGUUCAGGUAUUCUUUGAGAAACGAUGGCGAAUUGGUGGAGAAAAAUGUCCAGCAAGUCUAUGCUAAGGACCAUUUAUUAGAGACCCACAGACACUUCUUCUACUUUGACGAUAUACUGCAAUCUGACAAUGUUGUGUUCAACGAAUCGGUGGAUCUACUAUUCAAACUGAUGACUCUGCAAUGGCAUAUCAAUAAUCAUGCCAAUUUGGUUGAACUUCUCCGUCACAAUGGCAUCUCAAUGGAAGAAGUCGUUAGCUAUGCUUGUCAGAAAGUCUGUGACGAAACUCAAUUGGAUUUGGUGGAGAGAUUUGUUGUGUAUGCUUCUGAUUAUGGCCUCGAUCACGUUCCACUUGGAAGAACAGAUACAAAUAGCUCUGGAAGCAGUAUCACACAACGCCUAAAGGGCCUAGGUGCACGUAUACAACCUACACAACUGUUGAAACUAGUUCAUUACAAUAACAAUGCUAGAAUACUCAUCCUUAAGCUCUGCAUUGUCUUCCACUAUAAUCUUACAAAACAGAUAGAUGAAUUAGAAGUUGUUGUGAAGCACUUCUUGCUUUCCAUGUCGGAUUUCAUUCUCAACAAAAGAGAAAAUGAGUUGCUUUUAACAAAGUUUGUGGGCCCGGUGUUCCAUCAUAUCAUAUCUGUCUGCAAUGAUAAUGACAAAAUGAUUAUUUUGGUAGAGAACGUGAUUAAUGGUCUACAUACCCAUAUUUAUGGCACGGAAAAGGGGUCUGAACUCAAGGACCACGAAUUGCAUUAUAAUAUUCUCCAUAGUGUAUGGAUUGCGUUUUGCCAGGAAAGCGGAGAUGGGAGGAAUGUUGCAGAGCUGCUCAUUCUCAAUUUCUUGAAAUUCAGCGAAAACGACAGUAUAUCCUAUUCAGUGCUAGACUUGGCACUGGUUGUCACCAAAAUCGGAAAAACCAAGGUUUGUCCGAUCAAUCGCUCUUCUAUUUACAAAAACAUCUACCGUGCACAUAUCUCCACCUCACUUUUGACCAAUCUUAUCUACGGCCAGAGAGGUAAAAUCAAACACGAAUACUUCUCACUCCAGCAAAGUCUCCUAGACUGCAAAGAUCAUCUCCAGGAAUCAAUUGGAAGACUUCUGUAUAUGAGCCUGGAUGAGUUGCCAGAUAAGGUGCUUUUAUCUAUGGCCGUGAGUGAAACUUAUCAUGUGAUUGACCAAUUCACCAGUGUUUUGGACAAAAACAUCAUUUUUUUAAAGCGUGAUUUCUUUUACAAUGAAUAA